AUGUCCAUAGUGGUUGGGCAUUUUUACAUCAUUAAUAGUAGAAACAGGCCCUCAGUAGACACUCCCUUCUUAGAUGCUGCUUCUCUUUGCUACAGCUUCACUGUUGGCAGGUCAGGGUCUGGACCAUGGUGGCACAAAGUCCAAGGCCAACUGAAUGAAGAGACUUUUCUUUCAUACCACAGCAGCAGCAGCAACAACUGCCAAGCCAUUGGUGUUCUGGGGAACUGGCUGAAUGCCACAAAGAUCUGUGAUAAACAGGUUGACACUCUGAAAGAUGGAGUUGACCUGUUCAAAGAACAAGUGGUUCACAUGAAGCAGGAGAAUAAGACAUUCAAAGAGCCCCUUGCUCUGCAGGCCAGGCUGUGUUGUUGGCAUGAAGUAGAUGGACGUUUCAAUGGAUCCUGGUACUUUGACCUCAAUGGACACAAAAUGGUCCAUGUUGACAAAAGCACUGGAGAGUGGACUGAAGUUGAUCCUGGAUCCAGCCGGAUGAAAAAGAUGUGGGAGAAAAACAAGGAUUUAACAGACUUUUUAUCCAGGACCUCACAGGGGGACUGCAAGGCCUGGCUUAAGGAGAUGAUCAAGUCACUCUUGGAAGAAAAGCUGGAGCCUACAGCCUCAACAACCACUACUCCACAUGUGGUCCAGCCUUCGUCCCUGGCCAUCAAGCCCCACAUCUCUGUCCCACUGCUCAUCCUCCGCUACUCCCUUCUUCUGUGGUCUCUGAGGAGAAUCCUUGACAACGAAGGGACUGAGGGCCGUGUUGGGAGUGGGGUUGAAGAUGCUCCAGAGAAGUCGUGA